CUGGUGACAGUCAAAUUUAUGGAAAUUACAGAACCCUGAUCGCCUGGGGAUUUAUUAUCACAACAGCUAAAACUUCGAUUAUGGCAUGUUUAAAUAUCUGUCAGCUGCAAAAUUGCCAUGUUCUCGGCAACUCAGGUUCACACCUUCAGCGUUCACAAAACCGGAUCUCGAGGCGCUGAUUAAUGCGUCUAUAAUCCCUCGGCUGUGUAUAAGCAUGAAGCGGAAAAUGCACUAAUUAAGCGGAUUAAUCUAAAUCUUCUUCUACCCCUACUUCACCUCCUUCUAUUCCUCUCACAUUACCGCAAAUAAAGAGAGGCUCUGCUGGAGGAUUGAAAAACCUUCGCUGUGUCUCGUCCUUGAAACAUGCACUGAUGAGCAGUACAUAUUUAUAAAGGAAGUGAAAAAGAAACCGAGUAUAAUAUUCCUUGAGGGAACGAGAUGUGAAUGGGGAAACGGGAUUGCGAGGAUGGACGUUGCAGGAGGAAGGAUUUCCGCCGGAACAGCGAAAAAACGCUUCCGGGGUCUGGGAAUGUCCGGCAACAGCAGGACGAUGCUGCAGUCAGCGCGUCUCAAAUGUUCGCUGCUCGAAUUGCGCAGUAUUUCAACCUUCCCACUGCGUUUUUCAGCAGCCUCUCCUUGAUUAGCAGCCAACGCACUACUGAGACACUGAAUCGAGAGACAGCAGCCAGCAUCUCUGACAACUCCACCUCGACCCGUUCUCUGAGUCGACCCUGCAAAAAGAUGCGGGCCUGGGUCACUGCUGACGAAGACGCGAAACCCAAGCGGGAGUCUGCUGGCGAAGGCGGCGGCGGAGGAUCAUCGCCACCCGCCAGGCCAUCGACACCCAAAGACGUUCCCAGUCGACACCGAACGGGACUGGCCCCGCGACGGGAUCGGGAUGCUACACUUUCCGGGACGACGAGUCCGUUUUCCAUGUCAGCUACUGAAGCAUCCACGACUUACUAUUCUUCGGCUGCUGGGGACAGUGUCCCGGGCUCGCCGCCGCUGGCUGGGAGGCGAAGUUGUUGUUCCCAGCAUUCAGCAUUGCAAGCAGCGGACAGAGUGCUAAGCGGAGGAACAGGUCCCAGCAUCAGAACCCGGCGUUCAGGUGCCUGGUCUGCAUAGUCCCAUCAGCAGCAGGCUGCGAUCACGGGCCCAGUGUUGCGCCUCGGGCACAUCAGGGCCGACGACAAGUCGUCGUGGACGGAGUUACAAAGAAUGAGCCAGCAACCCGACACCAACCCGAAAUAUGCCGCAGUUCCCGACCAGCAUCAGCACCAGCACUACCAUCACCAUCAACGGAUCGGCACCAACAACAACAACAACAAUGUCGUGGGCAGCAACGAGUCUCCGCCUUCUGAACACUCGCCGCGGUCCAGCGGAUCUCCGUCUGCCAGCCCGGAAUUGCCUCCGUAUGACAGCCGCCGGAAGUCUUCCGAAAUGAGCAGCUCAACCCUGGACGUCUGGGAGUCGGUGGAGCGGGUGCAGGCGUCUGCGAUGCCCGGCCUCGCGGGACUCAGGAAUGCCUGCAACGACUGCUACAUCAACAGCCCCAUGCAGUGCCUGUCAGCCACUCUGCCGUUUGUCAGGUACUUCCUGUCGGGCCACCACGUCCGGGACCAGAACCCGACCAUGCGCCAAAAACGGGGACCCAAUAUGGCACACGCCGUCAGCAUCGAGCAUCACUCGCACGGCGAGAAAAUAUUGGCGGAAACCACAGACGCUGCAAAAAUCAGGAUCGAACAAGCGUCGAAUAAUUUGCUCAACAAGGAUCUCAUUGACGGCGGAGGGAAUAAAAAAUUGGCUCCAGGAACAAUCUGGGAACCGAUUCCGCGGAAAGAUCUGUUGAGUUGUUCGGAACUCAAGAAAGUUCUAGGGGUUCUAAACCCAGUUUACCGAGACGACGCGCAAGAAGAUGCCUACGAAUUUCUGCAAUUCCUCAUUCAAACUUUGCACGAGGAACUGGACAGAAACCCUCCUGAACAACGGGUGCUUCAAGUUUCUGAACGCGAUGCUGAUGAUCAUCAGCAUCACUCGCACGGCGAGAAAAUAUUGGCGGAAACCACAGACGCUGCAAAAAUCAGGAUCGAACAAGCGUCGAAUAAUUUGCUCAACAAGGAUCUCAUUGACGGCGGAGGGAAUAAAAAAUUGGCUCCAGGAGUGUUGGGAAUGCUUUUAGCGAUCGAAUUGAACCAGUUAUUCUCUUGUCAUCUGAAACGCAUCGUUCAAAGGUUAGAUUUGACGUCAUCAGUCGUACGGCCGCCUUCAGCAGAUCUGCGUCCGACGCCGCGGAAUUCGCAAGUGCCAAUUUCAUCCCCUUCCGAAUACUGGAGCGAAUUCUAUAAAAGAACCAACUCGGUCGUCACGGACUUGUUUUACGGUUUGAUUGUGUUGCAAGACACGUGUUCGGUUUGCAAACGGGUUCACAAGAAAUUUGAGCCCAUGAAUUCGCUGUAUUUGCCAAUCGUCGUCCAGGAAGAUCCAGUGACUCUAGAGGCCUGCGUUUCCGCCUUUUUCGCCCGCGAGGAAAUCCGCAAUUUUCAUUGCCAAUCCUGCGACUCUCGGUCCACCGCAAUACGAAAUACAACACUGUACAGAUCACCUGACAUCCUCGUAUUGAGGGUGAACCGGGAUUUCAACAGACUGUCGGCUGGCAAAGUCGACACGCCGAUCGAUGUCGAGUCUGACGUCGUGGACCUGUCGAGAUUCGCGUCACCCGAAGCGGAGAAACAAUGCUUUUCCUACGAACUCUAUGCUGUGUGCAAUCAUUACGGUUCCAUACAAACCGGUCAUUACACGGCCCACGUGAAGCUGCAGACUCAGAAUGGGACUUGGUAUCGAUUGGACGACGACAAGAUCUACGAGAAAAUUGCAAAGGCUCCGGAUAAAAUGGCGAUUGAGCCCUACGAGGUCUACAUUCUCUUUUUCCAGAGACUCGACGGUCCGCUGACUGAGGAGCAGAGGAAAAUUGCAAAGGCGAGAUGGUCCACUGCUCCGUUAGUCACACCCAGUCCUACCUGAUUUUUUUUCUCUUUUUUUGCAAAUUUGUUAUUCACUCCGACCUCGGAUGUUUUCUUCACUCUUAACCGGAAAAAUGUCUCUCGUGAAAAUAUAUAUGUAUGGUCCGUGCCAAAAAAAAGUGCGUUUCACGGCUCA